AUGCAGAUCAUAGUGGAUGUAUUCCACACAAUCGACAAAACAAUUCCAGCUGAGGACUCACAGGACAUCAUUGAAGACAUACCUUACGAAGAUAUCAUUCAAGGAUCUCAAAGAACGCCAAAUGGUAGUAGUCCGGGCCUGGAUGGUAUAUGUUACGAAAUAUUGCACCUUCUAGUUAUCAACCCAAGCUGUGAAGCGAUUAUUCUGCAAGUGUUCAACGAUGCUUUAUCACUAGGCAAAUUUCCAAAAUCCUGGCAGGAAUCAUGUAUUGUGCUGCUACCAAAGAAAGGGGAUAUGACUGACCUUUGCAACUACCGUCCAAUAACCCUAAUAGCCUCUGAUUGCAAAGUUUUUACCAGACUACUUUACUCACAAGUCAUAGAGGUAGCAAGUGACCUUAUAGGCCUCCACCAAAGUGGCUUUCUGAGAGGUAGAUACAUUGGAGACCAUGGGAUGUCAUUGAAAGUGAUUGUAGACAAUGCACGUGAAGCAAGAUGGAACAACUCUGGAGAAUUUGUCGAAUAUGCUGGGAUUUUGCUGGACAACGCCAAAGCGUAUGAUAGGGUGAAUCCCCAGUAUUAUCUAUCCAAGGUCCUAGUGAAGUUUGGUUUUUCAAAACAGUUUGUCCAAUGCAUCUGCAAGUUAUUCUUCGACAACUCAAUUUACGUGAAUGUCAAUGGCUUUUUAACAGAUCCUAUCGAGCAAAGACGGGGCAUCAGACAAGGAGACAGUAUAUCACCAAUGCUGUUCAACUUGACUAUUGAACCAUUUCAGCUAUCUGUGACCAAAAGUACAACUAUCUCGGGGUAUAGUCUCCAACACGCCAAGCCUAUAAGCAAGAGAGCAAACAGUUGGGUGGCUCCUCCUCCAUUGAAAGUACUCGCACAUGCGGAUGAUGUCCUGACAUUCGUUAAAUCUCGGGCUGAACUUCUUGAUCUGGAAGAAAGAUUGGAAUCUUACAACAAGACCCCGAGCUCCAAGAUCAACUACGACAAGUCCGUAGCCUUCCCUCUUCAUGGUGGAAGAAUGACAAGCCAAACUGGUGGCCUAAUUCAAGAUCAUGCAACAAAUAAUCUCAAAAUCAAAUGGUAUGAUUCUAUGUCUACAGGAUUUAUAAAAUACCUAGGUUAUCCAAUUUGGUUCUGCAGUCAAGAAAGAGACGUAUACAUUGCUAAACUUCUGGGUGAUAUUACUACUGCUAUUGAAAGGUUUGCAGCACGACAAAUCUCACUGUACGGCAGAGCGAAUAUUGUCAACACUAUGAUAUUGUCCAAACUAUGGCAUGUCAUUCGGAUCGUUUCCCUGCCCAAAAACACACUCAAAAAUAUAACCUCAAUCAUUUAUCAGUUUGUAAUGUCUGGCCUGUAUCCACCUCUAAAGGGCAAUUCUCUCUUCCUACCAAGGUAUCAAGGCGGUUAA